AAAGGAUUAAUAAACAAUAUAGCAUUGUAUACCAGUCAUAUGAUUGAUUAUGUUUCAAAAAUAAUACAUUCCAAUGAUAUGAGUACAAUUAUAUCUUAAAAGAGAAAUUGCGAUCAGUAUAAGUCACUUACAGUUUACACACCUGCGUUUUAUUGUGUAUACUAGAACGGCGAAUUUAAAAUGAUAUAUUAAACUAUUAAUGUAUUUAAUAUUUGAAUGACCUCAUCCAAUUGAGAGUAAUUUAAAAUUUUCCACCCACACUAUAAAACUGAAUGCAAGGUUUAAGCAAGGCGAACAUACCAAAUAAAGUCAUAUUUUGUUGAGGUACCUUGUAUCUUGGACAACGGUAUAUUAUUGAUCACACGAUUAGUCACCGCCUUAUUCUUUAAAAAUAGAUUUUUGUUAAAAUACCGAUGUCGAGACCACGGCCCCAGUGGCAGCUGCAAGCAAUUGCAGCUCGAAAACGAGACAAUGAGCUUCGUAAAGCUGACGAGCUAAGAAAAGUUGCUUCUUAUUUUGAAAAGAAUACUCAUAAGUCAAGGCAUCAUGAGAACUGGACAACAGAAGAUUAUUAUGAAAAAGCUAAAAAAGAAGCUGAUAUGUUAAGUGAAAAAAAGAUUCGAGCUGUACAAUUAGAAGAAAGACGAAAGAAGUUGGAGUUAAUGUUAUUUCAUGAGAAUAUGCAGUAUCAACAAGAGAUUAAGGCAUUGGCAGCACAACCCAAGUAUUAUAAAAAUGGAUCUUACCUCAACAAAGUUCCUACAUCAACUUUGCAAGACAUCAACCAAGGUAUAAUAGAAAAAGAGGAACAAUUGAGACGGCAAGAAGCUGAAUUAAAGUUACACCAUGCAUGGCGACUUCGUCAGCCGGAAUUGAAAGCAGCCUGCUCUUAUAUUGCUAAUGGAAAACUUAAAUCGGCUUGGUUAGAACAAAUAGUAGAAAAAGAGAUGCAAAAGAAAAAGGAUGAAGAAGAGACGCUUAAGAUCCUUCACGAAAGAGAUGAGGCCCUACAAAAGCAAAUACUGAUAGAAGAAGAAAGACUUCAAGAGAAAGAGCUAAAAAUGAGGGAGCUCAGAAGUAGCCUAGAGGGCCAAAUAUCGGAGUUGAGUGAGAAAGAGACAGCUGUGAAAAAACUUCGUAAAAUGGAGGAGCGAGAGAGAAUGAUAUUAGAAGAACUACAAUUCAUUUCGAAGGAAAGAGAAAGGGAGCACGCGAAAUUAGUGUCGGAAAGAGACGCAAACAUUGUGAAUAUGGGUUUGCACAAAUUUAAGUUGAAAAAGAAAGUUGUAUCCGUUUUAAAUGAAAUUAGUUUGGAUUUGAAAAUAUUGGAGAAGAUCAAAGAAGCUGUUGUGAAAGAAUAUGAAUCCGAAAAAGAGAAACAAAUAUGUUAUAAAAGACUACUGGACGCGGCACUAGUUGAGUUAGAAGAGCACAGAGAGAGGGAGCGACAGAGACAGAAGAACAUUGAGACGAUGUAUGACGGUGAAGCGAGACAGCUUAAUGAGAAACAGGAUAAGAUAUGGGCGAAAGAACGCGAAGCACGCGGUAUUCUUAUGAAAGAAGUUAUGGCGACGUUAAAGAAGCAAGUAGAAGAGAAAAUCCAGUUGAAUAUAGAACAGCAGAGAGCGAAUGUUCUCGAUCGGGAGAAGAUUCUAGAACAUAUGGACAGCUUCCACCAGGAAGUCAGAUCUCGGGAGAGAGAUACUCAGUUAAAAAUCACAUCGUGUUCAUCAAUAAACGCGCUUCAAUCCCAAUUGAAUGGCUUGAAAGUACAAAAAGAGAAGAUAGAUGCAGUAGCCCAAAGAGAAUCGGAAAUAAAAGAGGCGAUUUUCAACGAAAGAAGAGUUCGUCAAGAGAUUGCGCGAGCGCAGAGGGCAGGGAAUACUCAGGCUUGGGCUUAAGUAAGACUUUUCAUCAAAAACCUAUUUUAAAUUUAAGAUAUGAAUUUUAAGUUAAAAGUUGUUAAGGGGUUUUAGAGUCGAGGCUCGUUAAGUGUAACUUUCAUAUGGCAACGUCACUUUUGACGUACGGAGGACUUCAGUUCCGGCUUCGCUGAAUAUUUAUUUUAUUAUAUAUCUAAUAGACGAACUCAACUUAUUUUUAGAUAUUGAUGUCUUCUAUAAAACUGUAAUAGAUCGCUUUGUUCUAGUUUACAUUAUCGUAGUUUUCAUACGUUUCCCUAACUCUUUUGAAAAUAUUCUAUAGUCUAUGUUCAUCAGGGACAAUGUAGGAUACUAAUGGUAAAAUAUUUUUUCAAUAACCAGCAUAUACAAUGCAAGCAAAAAAAAUUUCCUCUUUACAAUUUAUAUACAUAGAUUCUUACCAAUAGAUAUUUUCAAUGUCUACAAACAAUAAAAGUAAAAAUGAAUUUUUAUUUUUAUAUCAACUUAUCACUUCGACGCCACGUCCGGGCGUUUUGAGGCAGUUUUUGGGACGUGGACCACCACUGCAGUACUUCCGAACAAAUUCGAUUAACGACAAGAGCAAACCAACUUAACGCCGGAAUUUGCGCCCAUGUGCGGUAUCAUUUAACACAGAUGAGCCUCCUGCCCGUUUGUCCUCUAAUCUAUAAAAAAAAAACAUUCUCACGAUGAGACUCGUUUGUCAGAUGCUUUAAAUAUAUAUAUAUAUAAUUAAAAUUAGUUAGUCUUUUGUAUGCAUGAGUAUGUAUGUAUGAGUUGGUAAAGUAUCUAUAAAGGUACGAUUUGUUUGUUGUUUGUGUUGUUGUUAAAAUGUCGUAAUUUUGUCAAAAUAACUAUUUUAACUACAACAGUUUUUGAAGGUAAAUUUUAAAAAAUGCUUUUAAAAAGGCAAAUAUGAGAUAUAUCGUAACUUUCCUCCUGUUUAUUAGAAUCAAAUAAUUCCAUAUGAAUCUCGAUCUAUAUAUUUUAAUAAGCUUUAUAACCGUCUAGAACUGCCAAAAUACUGUCUAGAACUGUUUAUAAGGUUGUGUCUUGUUCCUAUUAUGACCAGAAUGUUUAAAAAAUGCAUUUUUAAAUUAUUUAUUUUUCUACAUAAGGUUUGACAUAUUUGAUAGCACUUAAGACGAGAUUGUGUCUUGUGAUACGAAUUAGAAUAUGGACUUAAGAAGCCAGACACACACACAAACUGUGUGUGUGUCUUUCUAUUUUAAACGUUAGAGAAACACUUACUGAACUUUCAAGGGAGAGCUAUUUUGCCUAGAAAUUUGUUUGCGUCUGCAAAAAAUGGCUAAGACUGAUUGUAGUUUAAGAGUGGUAAAAUAGUUGCCAUAUUUUGUGAUAAAAGAUUGUAUUUUUGCAUUGUCUGAAUAAAAUUUUGAAAAACGUA